AUGUCUAUUGGUGUGGUCAUUGUUCUGGUCUCGUUUAGGCAUCCAUAUUGUUGUGGUAUCAAAGGUGUAAUGGAUGCUGCAAGACUACUUAUUUACAGAUUUGUUAUCAUGUGCCUUCUUCAUAUGGUAACACCGAGGGCAGAAAGAGUCACAGUGACUGGAUUAGAGGAACCAGUCUUGGCUCCAGUUGGUACAGUACUUGAGCUCAGCUGUCAGCUGUCUCCACCACAAAAUGCCCAGCACAUGGAAAUCCGCUGGUUCAGGUCCCACUAUACACAGCCUGUUCAUCUAUAUGAAGAUGGCAAAGACCUUUUCGGAGAAAUUAUCCCCAAAUAUGUGGAGAGAACAGAACUCUUGAAAGAUGCCAUUGACGAAGGGAAAGUGACCCUCAGGAUCUUUAACGUCAAUCCUGAUGAUGAUGGGCACUACCACUGUCUCUUCAAGGAUGGAAAAUUCUAUGAAGAGCACAUCACAGAGGUCAAGGUCACAGCUGGGAGCUCCCGAAUUCAGAUUCUUGUUCAUCCUCCAACUACCAAAGGUGUGAUAGUGGAGUGUCAGUCUGGAGGUUGGUUCCCAAGGCCUCUCAUGGAGUGGAGAGACAGCAGAGGAGAGGUCAUUCCAGCUGCAUCGAAAUCCCAGUUCCAGGAUGGAGACAAACUGUUCAGUGUGAAGAUAACUCUUCUCCUUAGAGACAGUUCUUUCCGGAACAUUACAUGUUACCUUUGGAAUCCUCUAACAGGCCAACAAGAAAGAACAAGCAUUAUUCUACCAGAUGAAAUGUUUUUUUGGAAUUUUAUUUGGAAGAUGAUUGUGGGUGUAAUUCUGACUAUGAUGACACUCUUUAUCAUAAUGCCCACUAUUAAACUACAAAUCCUAGAAGGUAUCAGGGUAACUGUGGCCUCAGAUAAUGAAUUUGUCAAUGCCCUUUCUGUUUCUAUUCUGUGCAAGAGUUUAAUGUUUAUUGGUAUUACCUCUUCUGAGGGGGAAGCAAAUCUGCUGGGAGAACUGCUCACUAGAUACCUUGGUGAAAAGUUUAGAGGAACCACAGAGUGUGAACUAGAGGGAGAAAGGAACCGGGAAGUCCUCUUCUGA